GUGGUGGGGGACGGACGCGCGGCCCCGAACGGAGAGCGAAACACAGAGAGAGAGAGAGAGAAAGGGAGCGAGAAAACGAGAAGAGGAGGAAGAGGGAGAUAAGACAAGAGAGUAUUUGAUGGUGUUGACAUCACUCGUUCUGUGACGUCUUCAAGAAGGCAGAUUAAGAGAACGACGAAAAGUAAGCAAACCGACUCAAUAAAAAGAAACAACUAUCAAUCAAAAAUCAAAACAGCGAAAUCCAAGUAUCACAAACCAAUACCCACGAAAAGAAAAGAAAAGAAAGAUCAUAGAAAGAAAGAACGAAAAAACAAACCAAACAAAACAGAAGCACAAUGGGAAGCGUGGGUCAGCAGCAGCAGGCCGCAGCAGGGGCAGCAGGAGGGGGAGCCGUCAGCGGAGAGCUCUCGGUGUACGUGAAGGCGGGCGUGGACGGCGAGAGAAUGGGCGCCUGUCCCUUCUGCCAGAGAGUCCUCAUGGUUCUCCUUAUCAAGUCCCAACACAACCUCUUGAGAUUUAAGGUCAUCAUCACCAACCCAGCCAAGCCUCCUGCCGAGUUCAAGGCCCUGGGUCUGAAACACGUGCCCGCCCUCAUCCAAGGGGACGACGGCUUCGACGCCCUGGACGACAUCAUCCACUACCUCGACACGAAGUUUCCAGGAGGUGGACUGGAAUACAACAGCGCCGAGGCAGACCUAGCAACCAAAGACUUCUUUUCCAAAUUCUGUUUCUACAUAAAAGCCGUCAACCAAGACCCUUCAAAGCUCGACCAUGCUCUGCAACGCCUCAACAACUUCCUAGAACGGACGCACAUUGCAAACGGCAUAUCCAACGGAGAUGCAAAUCUUCAGGCUGACGAGGACGAGGGUAGCUCAGGUGCGCAAAUACAGUACCUUGGUGGAAGCAAUUUAACGCACCUUGACUGCGAGGUUCUGCCCAAACUACAGCAUUUGCGCGUGGCAGCCAAAGCACUCAAGGACUAUGAUAUCCCAACGAAUCUCCGCGGUUUCUGGCGGUAUCUCCAUGCUGCUUACACCAACCCAGUAUUCAUAAGGACCUGUCCCUGCGACCAAGAGAUUAUCCUCCACUGGCACGACAGACCUGAAACCCCGAAGCUCUCCCAUAAAAAGCACUCUGUAAUUGCAAAGGAGAAGGAGAAAUAUUCCUUCGAUGUCCCAGUUCAUGCCUGUGUGGUGACUGUGGUGAAUGAAUAGUGAAUGGACAUUUGUCUAAACAAUAAAUUAAUGAUAUUAAUAUUACAGAAAACAAAAACAAAAAACAAAAAAAAUAUAAGUAGGAUAGAUUGAUCAGUGUUUUGUUGUGUCUAUACUAUUGUAAUAUAAUAUAUUUCAUAAGUGAAAUUACAGUUUUGUAUUUAAAGAGACUGUGAACUGUAGUCAAAUAUUGCAAUGUAAUAUAUAUGCCUAUGUGACUGGGACAACAUGACCCGUUUUGAUUUAUAUGCUAUAAAUAAACUGCCCAAAGCUUUA